UCGUCGCGCGUCCACGGAUCAACGGAUUUCGUCGGAACGAUCGGUGAAAAAUGCGCGUCGCGGUGGUGGGAGCUGGCAUAAUCGGCACGACUACCGCCCUCGCGGUGAAAACUGCUUUUCCACGACUCCAGGUGCACGUGAUCGCGGACGAAUUUUCCCCGGACACCACUGGCGACGGAAGUGCUGGUCUCUGGGGCCCGUACCUUCUGGCGGACACGCCGAUCGAUAAAAUAGAUUCCUGGGCCGGAAUUACGCAUCGAUGGUUGGAAACAUUGUGGAAAUCUGGCCUGUGCUUCGAAACAGGAGUUUCCUUGGUGCCUGCGUAUCGCGUUACGUCCGAUCCCAAAGGAUACAUCGAUUCCAGCUGGACCAAAUUGGUCUACGGUGCCCACCGAAUGACUAGAACCGAAUUGGAAAAACUAAACGAAGAACACAAGUCGAAAUACACGGACGGUUGGAUGUUCGUGACUUACACGGCCGAGCCUGUUCGUUUAUUGCCGUGGCUGGCAGAAAAGUUUCUCGAAGCUGGCGGAAAAUUGUUUAAAAGGAAGGUCCACGCGUUGCACGAACUGAUCGACGAGGGCUACGACUUGAUAAUAAAUUGCAGCGGUCUCGGUGCUCGGAAACUCGUCGACGAUAACACGAUUACGUCUGUCAGGGGUCAAGUGGCCACGGUGACAGCGUCUUGGGCGAAGCACGUGUUUCUGGUGGACGAUGACGAUGGGAACUACAUUAUUCCAAACAUCGAUCGCACGAUACUGGGAGGCACUCAUCAAUACAAUGACUACGACCGUACACCGCGAAAAGAGGAUUCCACGUUCAUUUACGAUGGCUGUUGUCGAAUUUUCCCCUCGCUGAAGGCGACCAAAGUGUUAAAGGAGUGGGUUGGUCUUCGCCCGGGAAGACCCAGCGUUCGUCUCGAACCGGAAGUCCUCCGAUCUCCUCGAGGCAAACGAUUCACGGUGAUACACAAUUAUGGGCACGGCGGAAGCGGCGUGACGUUGUCCUGGGGCUGCGCUAUGGACGUCGUCGCGAUUCUGAGGGAGAGGCGAACAUUGAACUCGAAUUUGUAAAUGAUUAAAAGGAAAUAAUUUAAUAUCUUACGCAUCUUUA